AUGGAGCGGUUUGGGACUAACCCUCUGUCCCAGAGCAGCACUAGCUGCCUCUCUGAGGACUCGCAGGAUGGGAAUAUACUAAUGGCUGGAGCGAAUUCUUUGGAAGAAAAGAAGCUGAAAAGACGUCAAAAGAAUCGGGCAGCUGCCCAGAGGAGCCGACAGAAGCACACGGAGAAGGCGGAACGAAGGCAUAAACAACAUGAGCAGCUGGAGCAGGAUAACACAGCCCUAAAGAAGGAGAUUGAGACCCUGAAGGAGGAGCUGAAGUACUGGACUCAAAUGCUCAAGAACCAUGAAUCCACCUGCCCGGACAUGCUGACUCCCUCCUUGCCAACACAGACGCCCAUUCUGCACUGCUGGCUGAGGAGCUGAACCGGGGGAUACAGUGACCCUGGCUACCCUUUGGGAGUCAUAAGCUAAGGAGGUCUGUUAAACUGUGAGAGAAGAGCUGCUGCACUGAAUCAGACCCAUGGACCCAUCCAGCCCGGUAUCUCUCCCUCCCUGCUGCCCUGGCUCAGGCUCCACAGCCCAUGUAGUUCCAUCUUUGACCUCAGCCAGAAGCUGAUGCUUGAAAGGACAGCUCCAAACCUAAUCUGGGGGGUGGGCUGGUGAGUGGAUGCAGCUUUGCUUCCUUCUAGGCAGCAGAUCUCUCCACAACAAUCAAACCAUCUUCCUCAGAUCAUGGUUAGAGGGGGAAUUCCUGACCAAUCCCUGAGGUAACCCAGAAUGGGAUCAGGCACAGACAGAACCCAGCACAGUAUGGGGAGAAGAAGACCCUGUCUGAUGCUGUCUAACACUAAAGCCAAAACAGACUGGUGCCAUGUGAGGAGACUCAUAAAAUUCACACUCCCAACCUCCAGCCAACACCUGACCUUGCUCUAGCCAGCCUGGUUCCACCCCCCUCCCCCCACAGAACUGGGAUGCUAAUCAGCUGGGAUUCCCUAAAGGUGCAACUCAGAGGGGCUAGUGCUCGGUCCUAUCCAUUUAGCCCUCAGUGCAGCCCUGUUGCAUUAUGGUGUCCAGGCUUUUUCCCUAGCCUUAAGUACAGGAUAAAUUUUACCCUAAGGAGCCAUUACCAAGCUGCUGUCUGGGAGGUUGUUUGUACUGAAAAGGAACUGUUAUUUUCCUGGGUUCUUUGCUAACUGGGCACCAUGUUAAUGAGACUACGGUGAACUUCUGACAUUUUUGUAAAUGUCUGUUCUAUGUAACAGACACUGUUUCUGCAUGAGAGUCUAUUGGUUUGGGGUUUGUGUCUGCACAGGUGUGAACCUUAAAUUAAACUGGGUUUAUUCUCUUGUA